CUUUAUUUAGCAUGUGUGGUAAUACAUGAACUUUCGACUGUAAUAACUUUCAUUUUCUUCUGUAAAAACUUAUUUUCAUUUUUACGGUAACAUUUAUUUAGCAUUUAAUUUACGUAAUUUUAUUUUGUGUUGAAAAGUUUCUUUGCCAGUGUCUAUUUUUCUUCAAAAUGUCGUCUUCAAACUCGGCCAACCGGGGAUGAUGUCAAUAAGUGGAGUCUAAUUGCGAGUUGAGUCUAAUUUUACAGUCGAUUAAACCGUGUUACCAUGUCUGAGAGUGAUUUUCUGAAAACAGUGUCCGAUUACUUUUCUGUGGGUAAAAAAGUAGUGGAUGAGUAUUGCAUUGGGAGAGAUUAUCCAUUUAUGUUCCCCCCAGCGCCCAGUCAACAGAGAAUUGAUUUUUACCGGCAAUCAGAUAUCGCAAACGAGAAGAAGAUCGCAGACGAGGUGAGACUGCAAAGCGAUUAUGAAGCUGAAGUGAAAAUUUAUCGAGCUUUGGAGAAACUUGACGAGGAGAUAAUUGUGUUGCACGGAUUGAAGUAUAGCCACUAUCAGUUCCGAAUUUGGGAUCAAAAUCAUAAUCCGAAAGAUUGCUCCAAAAAAACCCAGAACCCAAACUGCGACAAAAAAAAUUUACACGCAGAUGAAGCAGAGCACGAUUUUAUUGUGAUUGGCUCAAACUACAUUGUAAUUAUUGAGGUCAAAAAUCCAUCAACCGCCGAUGAUUGCCCGAUAAAAGUUUCAUCUCAAACUAAUACUGAUCCAAUACAGUCGGCAAUUCGAACCGCAGAGAAACAAUUUAAUAAAGGGUUGCAGAUCAUUGAAGGCAUUGCACGCGAAUCUAAUAUCGCAACAGGCAACGCAUCAGACUUCAAGGUUUUUCAAGUAGUUGCUCUCCCAAACUUAGAUUGUUGCUCAAAACUAAACAGCCUAGACAAAUCGCGAUUCAAUUUUGUCAGUUCAAAAGAUCUGGAUAGUUUUCCAUUUUUUUGGGACAGUUUGCUUCUUGCUACGUCACCCAUUAAAGUUUUUUCGAGAAACUUUGAUGACGUAAAAAGUGCAUUAGUUACACUUUGGGCUACUGGAAAAAAUCAAAAAAUUGAUCAUAAAAAGUUCAGUUUGACUCACUGUAUUGAAAACAUAAACAAACAACUUGAACACGGGGAGAUCACAUUUGCCACUGAAAAAAGACUCCCGAACCCAAAUGUCUUUAAAACAUGUGACCUUGAUUCCGCUUGGAUAAACGGAAAAAAUAUUUUCAAAGAUUUCCUUCAGAUAGACUACCUUACAGAAGAACAGAAAAAUGCAUACGAAGAUGAGUCCAAAAAUUUAAUCAUUAACGGAUGUGCUGGUUCUGGAAAGACAAUCAUUAUGCUAGCUAGAUUAAUUUGGCUUCUACUUACAGAAAAAUCAACUAAAGUUGUUUUGAUAGUACACAAUGAAGUGAAACUGGCACGCUACUCGAAGAUUUUUGAACGCGCUGGGAUCGAUUCGAGAGAAGGAGAUCUAAAUAUUGAGAACCAUAGAACCACUUUUAAUGGGAGAUACGUGGAUCUCAGGCAGGAACUGGCUUCUUGUUCAGUACUCGUAGUCCAUCUUGUUUCCGCAAGACGUUCAUUUUUAGAAGGUAUAGAAGAUGAUUUCGAUAUUAGUCUAGUGAACAUUAAUGCGACAUUUCAGCAAAGCGUAUUCAGUGGUAAUUAUGGUUAUACUUUCGAUAAAAACAACCCUCAGUCAAGUAAUAACAGAACCGAUGACAAAGUUGCGAAAAGUCUGCAAAGCAGUACAGGUGAUAGUUUUGAUAAACUUGUCGAUAAAACCAACACUCUUUCAUCUCUCAACAGAACCGAAGUUGCGACAAAUGUGCAGAGCGGAUCAGGUGAUAGUUCUCGUGCCAAUUUCGAUAAAAGCAACACUCUUUCAAGUCUUAGCAGAACCGAAGUUGCGACAAAUGUGCAGAGCGGAUCAGGUGAUAGUUCUCGUGCCAAUUUCGAUAAAAGCAACACUCUUUCAAGUCUUAGCAGAACCGAAGUUGCGACAAAUGUGCAGAGCGGAUCAGGUGAUAGUUCUCGUGCCAAUUUCGAUAAAAGCAACACUCUUUCAAGUCUUAGCAGAACCGAAGUUGCGACAAAUGUGCAGAGCGGAUCAGGUGAUAGUUCUCGUGCCAAUUUCGAUAAAAGCAACACUCUUUCAAGUCUUAGCAGAACCGAAGUUGCGACAAAUGUGCAGAGCGGAUCAGGUGAUAGUUCUCGUGCCAAUUUCGAUAAAAGCAACACUCUUUCAAGUCUUAGCAGAACCGAAGUUGCGACAAAUGUGCAGAGCGGAUCAGGUGAUAGUUCUCGUGCCAAUUUCGAUAAAAGCAACACUCUUUCAAGUCUUAGCAGAACCGAAGUUGCGACAAAUGUGCAGAGCGGAUCAGGUGAUAGUUCUCGUGCCAAUUUCGAUAAAAGCAACACUCUUUCAAGUCUUAGCAGAACCGAAGUUGCGACAAAUGUGCAGAGCGGAUCAGGUGAUAGUUCUCGUGCCAAUUUCGAUAAAAGCAACACUCUUUCAAGUCUUAGCAGAACCGAAGUUGCGACAAAUGUGCAGAGCGGAUCAGGUGAUAGUUCUCGUGCCAAUUUCGAUAAAAGCAACACUCUUUCAAGUCUUAGCAGAACCGAAGUUGCGACAAAUGUGCAGAGCGGAUCAGGUGAUAGUUCUCGUGCCAAUUUCGAUAAAAGCAACACUCUUUCAAGUCUUAGCAGAACCGAAGUUGCGACAAAUGUGCAGAGCGGAUCAGGUGAUAGUUCUCGUGCCAAUUUCGAUAAAAGUAACACUCUUUCAAGUCUUAGCAGAACCGAAGUUGCGACAAAUGUGCAGAGCGGAUCAGGUGAUAGUUCUCGUGCCAAUUUCGAUAAAAGCAACACUCUUUCAAGUCUUAGCAGAACCGAAGUUGCGACAAAUGUGCAGAGCGGAUCAGGUGAUAGUUCUCGUGCCAAUUUCGAUAAAAGCAACACUCUUUCAAGUCUUAGCAGAACCGAAGUUGCGACAAAUGUGCAGAGCGGAUCAGGUGAUAGUUCUCGUGCCAAUUUCGAUAAAAGCAACACUCUUUCAAGUCUUAGCAGAACCGAAGUUGCGACAAAUGUGCAGAGCGGAUCAGGUGAUAGUUCUCGUGCCAAUUUCGAUAAAAGCAACACUCUUUCAAGUCUUAGCAGAACCGAAGUUGCGACAAAUGCGCAGAGUGGAUCAGGUGAUAGUUCUCGUGGCAAAUUUAAGCUACCCAAACAAUUCAAGCUGCCAAAACUUCCCUGGCUACUACGCAAGCUUUUCAUAGCACGAAAGGAUAAACGACGUUACCUAAACUCUGAGGUUGAUCAAGAACGCUCACUGGAUUUGGAGGAUAUGGAUAAACGGCGUUACCUAAAAUCUGAGGUUGAUCAAGAACGCUUACUGGAUUUGGAGGAUACGGAUAAACGACGUUACCUAAAAUCUGAGGUUGAUCAAGAACGCUCACUGGAUUUGGAGGAUACGGAUAAGCGACGUUACCUAAAAUCUGGGUUGAUCAAGAACGCUCACUGGAUUUCAAGAAUACGGAUAAACUACGUACCCGAAAGAGUGGACAAAUCGCAACAUGACCUCUCACUGGAUUCGGAUAUCGAUGAGGUAUAUAAACCUAACGUUGAGGCGGGGUAG